AUGGGCAGGCUCUUCUUGUGCUUGGUGGUUGUCGCAUGGUGGUGCUUGGUUGCUGUUGCCCUGCUUUCUCCCGUGCAUGGACGUGUUGUUUCAGGCCUCGCCGCUGGUGAGGUUGGUGGUGACCAGAGGCCAGCUCCGGCGAUCUCUUCUGAUCAUGUGGCAGAGACCGAGCAGAAGCGCGGCGUGAAGAGCAGCAGGCCGUCGUGGUCGUCGUGGCCGUCGACGUCCAGGAGAGGGGCGGAGGCGGUGGAGCUCCGGUCGGUGCCGGCCGGGCCGGACCCGAUGCACCACCACGGCAGCCCGAGGCGGCCGGAGCACGAAGAGGAGCGCAUCGGCCCAUGA